AUGGCACAGGAUCAAGGUAAAAAGGAGAAUCCCAGAUGGGAACUUCGCAUCUGCAAGCUCUGCCUUAACAUACGUGUGGGGGAAAGUAGAGAAAGACUGCCCAGGGCAGCCAAGAUGCUGGAGCAGUUCACAGGCCAGACCCCUGUGUUCUCAAAAGAUACAUGAUACACCAUCAGAUCCUUCAGCAUCAGGAGAAAUGAAAAGAUUGCCAUCCACUGCACAGUUCAUGGGGCCAAAGCAGAAGAAAUCCUGGAGAAAGCUCUAAAGGUGCGAGAAUACGAGUUAAGAAAAAAUAACUUCUCAGAUACUGGAAAUGUAAGCUUUGGGAUCCAAGAACACAUUGAUCUGGGGAUCAAGUAUGACCCAAACAGCAGUAUCUAUGGCCUGGACUUCUAUGUGGUGCUGGAUAGGCCAGGUUUCAACAUCGCAGACAAGAAGCACAGGACAGGCUACACUGGGGCCAAACACAGAUUCAGCAAAGAGAAGGCCAUGCACAGGUUUCAGCAAAAGUAUGAUGGAAUCAUCCUUCGUGGCAAAUAA